CAUUUAUAAGGGCAGGCUGCCUCGUCAGCCUCAGGUCAUGUUUCCCAACGCUUGUGAAGACUCCUGUACGCUUAUACCCAACAACAGAUCUGAACAAAAUCCAACCCGCCUGGAUUGAGCGCUGACAUCAAAGACCAAUGAAUUUCAACAUUCUAUUCAUCCGUUUGAGGCUGACCAUUUGAAUACCUGCCUGUGCAAGUGGCUGGUGUCAACAUGCCCCCGAAUACGCGCAACGAUUUCGAGAUCGCGAUAAUCUGCGCUCUUCCCCACGAGGCCGAUGCCGUCGAGGCAUUAUUCGACGAAACAUACGCCACAUUUAAUCGAAUCUAUGGAAAGCAAGACGGGGACCUGAACAUAUACUCCAACGGAAAACUUGGCCAGCACGAUGUCGUUCUGUGUCUGUUGCCUGAAAUGGGCAAAGGAAAUGCAGCAACGGUCUCGUCAAGCUUGCGGAUCAGCUACCCCAGAGUCCAGCUGGGGUUGCUGGUCGGCAUUUGUGGUGCUGUCCCAUUCCCACGGCCAGAUGGCGACACCGAGAUAAUUAUGGGCGAUGUCAUUAUCAGCGACAGCGUGAUUGAGUAUGAUUUCGGAAGUCAGUAUCCUGACGGGUUUAGGCGGAAAACCGACGUCAAAAGCACAUUAGGACGACCGACUCGAGAGAUCAGAAACUUGCUUGCCAGUUUGAAGACACGGUCAGGACGCAACGAGCUUCAACGUCAGACUUUGCAGCACCUUAUAACCCUGCAGUCCCUACCAGAGAAUGAGUGGGAAUACCCCGGUGCAGCUCAGGAUGUACUCUUCGAGGCUUCAUAUCGGCAUAAGCACUAUCAAAGAGACCGGGAUACUUGCAUAUGCUUGAACUGCAACGCAAGCAGUGAUCCUGUGUGUGAAGAGGCACUGAAGAAAGAUUGCGCUAUUCUGAACUGUUCAGGGAAACCGGUAUAUCGCAGUAGACAUGGCAUUCAAGCUUGUUCCCCGCAAAUUAUUAUUGGGACUGUUGCAUCUGCGGAUACCGUUAUGAAAUCAGGGGAGCACCGCGAUAAGCUAGCAUGGACUGAGGCUGUCAUCGGCUUUGAAAUGGAAGGGGCUGGAGUUUGGGAUAAUUUGCCGUGUGUCAUAGUCAAAGGGGCAUGCGACUAUGCAGAUAGUCACAAGAACAACAGAUGGCAGUCAUACGCAGCAGCAACAGGUGCAUCAGGGGCCAAAGCCUUCUUGGGGUUUUGGAGACCAUCAACUGUUAGACAAAACAUCACUGACGCCGACAAACGUUGUCUCGCCGAUCUUCUCUUGACAGAUCCCCGCGAUGACAAACUUCGUAUCGAGAAAACCAAAGGCGAUCUUCUACGAGAAUCGUUCUGUUGGAUAAUUGACGAUAUUUCAUUUCAGGAAUGGUAUUGUAAUGAACAGAGCCAACUGCUUUGGAUUAGAGGUGAUGCUGGCAAAGGAAAAACGAUGCUCAUGAUUGGCAUAAUCAACGAAUUGACACAGCGUAUAUCAAAGUCAUCAGAGCGAGAAAACCUUCCAAUCCUGGCUUACUUUUUAUGUCAAGCCACCGACACACGUCUCAACAAUGCUCUUUCGGUACUUCGUGGUUUGAUAUUUCUUCUUACUAUUCAGCGACCCUCGCUGCUUCGACACGCGCGUCAUAAGUAUGACUAUGCUGGACACAGGCUCUUUAAUGAACCAGAUUCUCUUUACUCGCUAGUAGGAAUCUUCACCUCCAUAAUUGGAGAUUCGGAUCUGCCAGAAGUUUUUCUGGCAAUCGACGCAGUUGAUGAGUGUGAAGCAGAACUGCCACAACUCCUGGAUCUGAUCGCACAUACAACAAGCAUGAAACCUAAGAUAAAAUGGAUUGUGUCCAGUCGCAAUCGAGAUGAUAUUGAGCGACAUAUGAGAGGGUCUUGCAGUCAAAGAAUCCUUCGACUCGAGUUGAACGCGGACAAAAUUACCGGAGCAAUAGACAAAUUUAUUGAUGUUCGCGUAUCACAGCUGUCGUCACUGGAAAGCCAUGCAAGUAUUCAAAAUCAGAUCAGAAGCCAGAUGCGACAGAAAUCGAACGGCACAUUUUUGUGGGCUUCUCUGGUUUUCGAUGAGUUACGCAAGGCCAGUUUUGCAGCCGACACGCUGGAAAUACUCGAAGAAACACCAACUGGCCUUGUACCACUGUUCAGCCGCAUGAUGAAAAAAUUGCUCGGAUUACCGACUAUAAAUCUGCAGCGGAGCAUAAAGAUCUUGUCAGUGGUUUUACUAUCUUGUCGUCCCCUUCAUUUGCUUGAAAUGCGCGUUGUGGCCGGGCUUCCGGUUGAGAUCAACCACCUCGAAGAAUUAGACCGACUGGUCAGUAUGUGCAGUUCUUUUCUCACAGUCCUCGAUAAUCGUAUUUAUUUCAUACAUCAAUCAGCGAAAGAUUAUCUAGACACGGAACAAUCCACAAUCAUUUAUGCCGCAGGCCGAGCGAAGAUUCAUCGAGAGAUAUAUUGUCACUCUUUGAGUGCCAUGUCUGUUACGCUUCGCCGAGACAUAUGCGACCUUAAAGAUCCUGGUCCUGUGACAGAUAAUUCUGAGCCCAAUUGGGCGGCAUUGUUGCCAAUCCAGUACGCUUGUGUUCACUGGUUUGAUCAUCUAUGCUGUUGUGACAACAGGACACUAGCGGACAAUGUCGAGUUGUCAGAUAAUGAAGCUUUAUUUGCCUUCUUCGCGACGCAUCUUCUUCAUUGGUUUGAAAGUUCGGGUCUCAUGAGACAGAUGUCAGUCGGUAUAAAGAUCAUCGAGAGGCUUCUGCAGACCGUGCAGGCAGACUCAUUCCCUGAAUUCACAAAGCUGUUGUACGACUCGAUGCGGCUAGCCCUGGCCUAUACACCGAUAAUUGAGACAGCUCCAUUGCAGGUCUAUAGCGGAGCUCUCAUUUUCUCCCCACAGACAAGUGAGACACGGAGGCGUUUCUGGGAAAGCAGACUGCCAUUUGUGAAGAGCAUCACCGGUGUUCAGAAGAACUGGAAUACAUGCCUUCAGACAAUUGAGGACCAUGGAAAGUCGCGGAUUAAUGAUAUCUGUUUUUCGCCAGAUGAUCAAACCGUGGCAACGGCUUCGAGUGAUUCCACAAUUAAACUCUGGGAUACCGUGACUGGCUUGAUGAAGCAGAGCCUUGUGGGUCACAAGGAAAGGGUAAAUUCGAUUUGCUUUCUCCAGGAUGCUCAUCACCUGGCAUCUGGUUCAGACGACGGUAGAGUAAUACUGUGGGAUGCAGUCACUGGGGCCUCUGAAUGCAUAAUGCAAAGCGAAGAGGGCAUGGUUUCGGCAAUAGCUUUCUCGCCCGGCGUUGGAACUCUUGCGGCAGGAAUAAGCAGCGGAACUGUCAUGUUAUGGGACUUUGAUACCAAGAUUUGGAGACAUAUUUUGGAAGGCGAUAUGAACCUCUUUCCAACAAUCAGGAACAAAGCAGAAUCCGAAAUUAGACGGGUGGCCGCAUCUAAUAAUGCCAGAGAUCGAUUCAUCGCGGGGCAAAUAAAUACGGUUGAGCGUGAUUGUAUUGUCGUUGACUUGGGGGGCGACAACCCACGGGCUUUUUUGGAAGCCGUUAUCGAUUCUGUCGCACGUGGUGCUCGAAACCGGGUUGUUGAUCUGCACUACUCUUCCGAUGGCCGAAUUCUAGCCUGUGCUUGGAGCAGUGGUCAUGUCAGUCUUUGGUUUGCGCAGAAAAAUGAGUGGAAAGGAGUAUGUAAUCGUGAGGCAGGAUUGAAUGGGCUAGCGUUAUCAGCAAAUGGCUCGACAUUAGCUGUCGUGUUGGAUAAUGGAGCAAUUCGAUUGUGGGACACUUCUUGCGGUGUCUGGAAGGAAAAAAUUUUGAUAGAGGAACGAUGGCCUCCACCUGAUAUCGUCUGCUUUUUUCCCGAUGAUCAAGAUUUACUUUUCAGUCUGGCAAACACAAUAUAUCGAUGGACCUCAUCAAGUAAGACGACGGACGAACUAUUUCAAAUCAAUUCCUGGACUGGAAUAUGUACUGCUAUCACUAUGUCAAAUGAUGGCAAAACAUCUGCAGUGGCCGACUCUAGCGGUCAAGUUUCAGUCCUGGACAAUGACCUUAACUAUACGAGACCUCCACUUACUGAGUCUCAGCUUGGGGCUCUGGGAAUCUCUGCGGCACUAAAUGAGUCUCUCUUGGAACUUGACGAGAGCUUAUUGAAAACCUACGUUAUUUUCACAUCUUCCUUUUUCGGCUGGUAUUGGAUUAUCAUAACUCUGCUGGAGUCUCCAGACUCCGACAAAAGCCUACUUCGUCAUCGGCCGGCGAUAUUGAUGUACCUAGCCUCGACAAUAGGCUACUUGAUGAUUUACUGCAAGAAAAUUAUUGAUAUGUCUCCAAGUCGCUUGUCCUACAGCGAUGCUGUGUUCAUCAUCUGGAAGCUCGGCCCUGCAGCAGGCCGUGCGUUUAUCCUGAAACCCAAAAGUCUUAUGCCGAGGCCUGAUGGCAGCGAGGUUCCUUUAGGCAGGAAUGCCAGCACAGGAAAGUGGGAGUGGAGAGGUCAUCUUGCUAUGGUUAGCACAAUGGCUCUCUCCCCCGAUCAAACGAUUCUUGCGACCGGCUCCGGCGAUCAAAACAUCAUACUAUGGGAUACAGUCAGUAAUAGAUACAAACAUUUACUUAAAGGCCAUGGGCAUGAAGUAUGGAAAAUCCAAUUCUCUCCCGAUAACCGGCUUCUUUUAUCAAUAUCAGAAUGGGGUGAGAUGAAUAUUUGGGACUUGACCACUGGGAUUUGUCGAACGACUUUUGACAAAGAAAAAAUUAGCGAAGUGUACUUUUCGCCAGAUUGCCAGACUUUGGUGAUGACGUCAACGAAUCAUACCAUGGAACUCUGGAACGCGUUAUCUUUAAAGGGCAAAAAGACUCUCAAAGGUCAUAUGGGGCAGAUAGAUUCUGUUCAUUUCACCGCGGACAGUGAGAUGCUCGCUUCGUUGUCAAGAGAAGACUCCACGGUGCGAUUAUGGGAUGCAAGCUCUGGAGCGUGCCGAUAUGUUAUAAAGUAUCGCUCGUCCCGUGCUGCUUGGUCUCCAGACGGGUUGACUCUGGCUUUGGUGCCGUAUCAAGGUCAGGUACGCCUUUGGGACAUGACCACAAUGUCCUGGAGCCGAGUCAAUGAUUGCCCGGCGAAAAGCGCUACGCAGUUUACAUUCUCGCCAGAUGGUCGCGCCAUGGCGAUUCUUUUACCUGACAGCGCCAUAUCGCUCUGGGAUAUUGGACAAGAUAGCUGUAGACAGGUUGUCCAUCCUGAUAGGGAGCUGAGAUCGCUGUCGUUCACAGCGGACGGUCAACACCUCGAUACUGAUAGGGGCAGAAUAUCUAUCCGCACUGGAUCUUUCAUCAGAUCAGUGCCCAGAGACAGACUCCGACACGCCAUUGAAGUUCGUGACAGUUGGAUAGUUGUGGACAAGCAGAAGCUCAUCUGGCUACCAUGGGACUAUCGCGUCUUUGGGCGUGCAGCGUAUGGUUCCACAUUUGCCAUGGGUCACUCGUCGGGUCGAAUAACAUUUUUGGAGUUAGAAAUAUGACAGAGCCCGAGUCUGUUGCUUUAUUUUGCUGCUUGCCUGCCAGGAACCGGCUUUAUGUGUUGGAUAAGUGCCGCCUACAGUGUAGACAGUUUGGAUCGAUCAUUAUGGAGCUUCUAGCGGCACAUUGUCAUUAAUGGUGAAUGGUCUGCGG